AUGGCGACGGCAGCGGUAUUCGGCUGCACAGGAGCUGUAGGGUCUCAAAUUCUGGCUACCCUUCUCUCAUCGGACGCAUUUUCCAAAGUGAAGACCAUCUCCAGAAGACUCCCGAAUGCGCAGGCCGAUAAGCUCGAAGCACUCGAGGAAAACGAUACCUCAAAAUGGGGAGACAUGAUCUCGUCUCUGUCCCCCAAGCCAUCAGUGGUCUUUAACGCGGUCGGAACUACCAAAGCAACAGCAGGCAGCAUCCAGAACCAGUGGAAGAUCGACCAUGAUUUAUGCGUGGAGAACGCUCGAGCAGCUAAGGAGGCGGGCGUGAAGACGUACGUUUUCAUUUCCAGCGGAGGCACGAGAAGCCUUCUCUGGGGCUGGGUCCCAUACUCGAAAAUGAAGGUUGGCGUCGAGGAUGCCAUCAUGGAGUUUAACUUUGAGAAUGCUAUCGUUCUGAGACCCGGGAUGAUUAUUGGGAGGGAGAAGUCGAAGUCUUUUCUUCUAGAGAAGUUUGUGGAAGGCCUUCAGAAGCUUGGCCAGGGUAUCCAGGACAAAGUUGGUCAAGAUCAAACUACUAUUGGUAGAGCAGCUGUAGCAGCUGCUCGUUUGGUUGAAGAGGGCAAAGCCCCGUCGAGCUAUUGGACUCUGGAACAGGCUGAUAUUGUUAGGCUCGGCAGAGAUGAGUGGAAGGAGUAA